AUGAGUCUGCGGGACUACUUCUCCGAGCCGGCGCCGUGGGACCUGCUCAGCGUCUCCUACAACCCAGACGCGAGAUACGCCUUCGUCAACUUCAGUUCGGAGUCGGCACGGCUUUCAGCCAUCCGUCAAGCGGCCGCUCGACUCUUUGAGGGGAGGCGACUGGACUGCCGCAUCCGGCACGAGGCUCAGAGCAGGUCGACCAAGGUCGACUACGGGCUCAACAGCCGCGUCAACAAAAGGCCGCUGUUCAACGGAUCGAGCGCCGCGUCCUGUUGUGACAGGGCGACGAAAAGCUUGCGGAGCAAAGUGGAAGAAUUCGCCAAUUUCCCCGAGGCAGAUCGGUCAUCGUGGGGCCGGGAGAAGUACUUCAUCCUCAAGAGCUUCUCGCUCGACGCCCUCUACCAGAGUCUCGAGACGGGUCGGUGGCAUGUGCCGAAGCGGCACGUUGAGCGAUUGAAUCAUGCGUUUCAGACAGCCAGCAAAGUCUACCUGAUCUUCUCCGUCAACGGCUCGGGCUGCUUCUUUGGGUAUGCGACGAUGCGUUCCGAGAUCCACGUGGAGGAUGACGACCUCGUCCCAUUUGCCGACGAAGUGCAUAUCAUGUCCGCUCACCACGACUUGGAUGUCGAGGAUGACUCCGAGUCGAGCCAGCACGGAGAGGAGAUCGAAGGCGACGCGCAGUCUUGGACCAGGUCGCGGACGGAGUCGCUGGCGUCUUCUGAUUCUUCACACUCUUACUCCUCCUCGUCGCUCUCCUCAGUCUCGUCUGGCUCUAUCAUCUAUCAGCCCGAGCGAAGGAGGAUUGUAUGGGAGGCUUCGUGGCUGCGGAGGACUGUUGAGGAGUCCACAUCUCCCGGUGAAGAGCUACAGGCAACACCCUGCGUCGUUGACAAAUCACCAAUACCGUCGUCCUGCUGCUGCCACCACUACCACCCACCGGACUCGGACCGGGGUAAUCCUCAUCCGCCAUCGACCGCGAAACAAGCAUCGUCUUCCCACCACCACCACCCUCUCCGACCUUCUUCUGCUUGUCCAUCUCCUCCACCUUCCACAUUCCACGCCGUCACUGCCACCAGGGCCGACCCUCCCCCGUCCUUCCUCACCACGCUCGACCGCUUCAGCAGCCCCUGUGCCAUCAAAUGGCUGUGCGCGCAGGGCCUGCCGUUCGCGGCGGUGCGCGGCCUGACGAAUCCCUGGAACUCCGACAAGGCUGUGCACGUGGCGCGCAACGUCACGCCCGUCGAGCCCGGCGUCGCGACCGCGCUGUUGGAGUGUUGGGGUCGGGCCGUCACGGCCACAACUGCGACCACGACCACGGCCGCGACGGCGGGACGGCGCCACAAUGACGCACGCGCACUUGUAUAUCAUCGGUCGGUAAAUAGAUAG